AUGUAUAUGCUGUAUAUAUUUCUAUGGAUAUCUAUACUUUCUGAUAUCAUUUUUACAAAACCUAUUAAAUCAAGGAAAGUUGUAUUACCGUUUCAAAAAAAAAUUGUUAAUUUCAGUAACUUGACGCUUGCAGAAAAAUCCUAUUGUGGAUCAACCAAUAUUUAUAAUGAUAAUCAAGUCCAAUAUCUUUCAAAUAUACAAAUUGGCACACCACCACAAAAUUUUGUGGUAAUUGUAGAUACAGGAAGUUCAUUAUUAUGGAUACCAUCUACUUCGUGUCCAGAAUCAAAAUGCCCUUUAAAAAAAUUUGAUUUAUCUCUAUCUUCGACCUUCUCUAGUUAUAAUAGUGAGUUUGAGAUUAUUUAUGAUACAGGCUAUACUAAAGGAAUAUUAGCAAAAGAUGAUGUAACUUUAGCUGGAAUUACUAUUUCAGGUCAACAAAUUGGGCUAGCUACUGCAACCGAAGAUACGAUUGCGAUAAAUGCUAAUUUGAAUGAUAUUGCUGCAGACGGUAUUCUUGGACUUGGUUUCCCUGAUAAAGACUCAUUUAAUACACGAUAUCAAAUUUCCUCGGUUCCUUUUCAUAUGGCUUCACGCAAUAUGCUUAUUGAACCUAUUUUUUCUAUUUGUACAAACUCUAUAUAUGAAAACGGCUGGUCAGGUGAAAUUAUGAUAGGUGGUAUGAAUUCAUCUCUCUUUGUAGGCAACAUAACUUAUUUACCUGUUGUUCCUGAUCUUAUUUCUGGAAAUUAUGUACUGUGGCAAGUCAAUACAGAAUCUGUUAAAUUAAAAUCAAACAACGACAAUCAAAUCCUGUUCUCAUCCAAUUUUUCAUUGCCUGUCACAGCUGCAUUUGACACAGGCACGACAUUCACCUAUUUAGAAGAUCAAUAUGUCAAAUCGAUGUUAGUAGCGUUUACAGGCGAAUAUAAUCCUAUCUUGGACCCACAAUCAGGUUGCUAUCUUGUUGAUUGUAGUUAUGCUUUUAAUACAGGACGAAGCAAUAAUAUAUCUGUUGAAUUUGCCUUUUGGACGAUGAUGUCUAAUAGUCAGCAGAAACAAUUUGCGUUAUUUUCGAUUCCCAUCUCUGAACUUGUAGAACCCUUAGAUAAUACAGAUAUACGAUAUGCAAAGAAAUGUGCAUUUUCUAUUUGUCCUACUUCUUCUACUAAUAGCAUACUAUUGGGUGAUUCCGUUAUCCGUGCGUUAUACCUUGUAUUUGAUAUGUCUAGAUAUUAUAAACGUUUUAAGCAAAGCAGUCUUCUAUAA